AUGAGCUCCUCAAACAAUCAGCCUCCCGCCACCUCUUCUUCUGACGUCCCUGCCCAAGCAGCUAAUGCUUCUUCUCACCUUGACCCGAAUGCGCAAAUGGGGAACAAUGGCUAUGCGCCGAAUGACAACCAGCUCGCCGGAUUGGUAGAGGCGGCCACCGCAGCCGCAGACCAAGACGUCUCGCAAUGGGCUGCCGCAGCCGCAGUCGCUGCUGCUGCUGGCGCUGCUGGUCAUCACCACCAGCUAGACGGAUAUGGCGCCGACAUGCACCUGGACGACGACGGGUUCGGAGAUGGCAAGUUCUCGGAGACCAACUUCGGAACUGGCAUGAACAACGGCAGACAUUUACGGGUUCCCAGUCACAGUGAUCACUCCCAAUCUCCGGGUCUUUCCCGCACGGUCUCGAAAAAGCGAAAGAGGAACGAUGAUAAUCUUGAUCCGGCAUUGGCUGGCGCCGGUCUUUCUGGACAGCAGCAGUCUCAUUCUUCUCAGCAGCCUCAUGGCUAUGCUGGUGCUGGAGAUAGUAUUGAUCUUCGUCCUGCUCAGCCUCAAUCUUUGUCUGAUGCUCGCGCUGUUGGUGUACAUUCUGCUGCUGCAUUGUUUCGCCAGCCUUCCAGCAAUAAGAAGUACACUCGACCUCCUAUCUCGAAGAUGUUCUCGUCGCUUGAGAUCUCGCCGGAGAACUUUUUGCAUCUGCAGGCUGCUGCGAAGAAUUACAUGUUGAAUGACGAACACCCCGAGAGACGGGACUGUGUUGGCCAACGUGGAAAAGGAGAUAGUGAAAUGGUCAAACUUCGACUUUGGAAUUGUGUUCGUCAAUUCCUCGAAGGAGAAGGCAAUGGCGAGCGGUUCUUUGGAGAGAAUGUGGUCAAUGAGGGCAUGGGUCCAAGAGCUUACAUCUGGCCGCGUGACCAACAUAAGAUCAUUUCACUGGUCAUUCCUUUGCUGCGUCGUAUGGUGACAAACGAAAGACAACGCCAGUACGCUAUCGAAACUCGCAAGGGCGGUGGUACCGAGGAACGUCGUCGUCGCAAGACUGAAGAUUUCUCUACUAUGAACAGCCCACGCUUCUCUCCUGAGCAACACCUCCAAAUGCACAACCAGCAACAUCGUCCUGACGAUAUGUCUCAAUCAAUGCCUCCUCCUCCUCCGCCUCCCGUGCAGCAAUCAACAAUAGAUGCCAACCAACCCAUGGAUAUUAGUCUAACAGAUCUCCUCUUGGACGGCUACACCGUUGACUGGGAGGAGAUCGGCCGACGCUACGAUAACUACAACCAAGAAUACGAACUUGACAACCUCUGGUCUCUUUCCGGUCUCCAGCAGCCCGACUGGCGUGGAAUCGUCGCUGCAGUCGACAGCCAUUACCAUGUCAUCCAUAACGGAGACUUCGACUGUCUCCCUGGCUGUGAAGACCAAAAUAUCAACCGCAUCAUCCACGCAGACUCAUGCUCAGACCUGAACUGGCGUAUCGGCGGAGGCCGCAACCCUUCGGCCCGUGAUGAAUUUGCAAGCAGCAUAACCCGCGAUGUCUCACGCAUCAUCCGCGAGAACAUCGCAAGCAGACACGGCCACCCAGCCCAAACUCAAGACACUCAUGACCAAUUCCACCCCCAGCAGCCAUUCACACCUCUCGAGCAAACCCAGACCCCAACAGCCACAAACCCCCCUUCAAACGCUCAAACCUCCCUCCGCAUAAACAUCAUCCAAAGCGGAAAACGCAUUCUUCCCAGAUUUGACCUGCCUGCCAGCCAAUGCCCCAACAUUGAUACUGUCAAGCAAGCAAUCCUUCGCCGCUACCCUGGCCAGAUCCCCGGUAUGCCAUUCCAGAAUUCAGAAAGUCUCAAUAUAAACACUGCCGCACAAGAAGCGCGCGAGUCAGCCGUUGUGGCUGAGUGGAGAGUUAAGGUCUGGUUGCCCGAUGGGAUGCUUGUUGUUCAGAGCCAGAAGGAUUGGACUAUUGCUUUGCUUUCUGCUGAUACUGUUGACUGGAUGGAUGGUGAUUUGAAGGUUCUUGUUGAGGUUGGUGACCAGCAGUAA